GUCUGGCCUUCAUGACUUCAAGACUCAUCCCUUUCAAGCAGGCGACCUACUUAAGAUCAUUCUCCAUUUACAAAAUGCCAAACUCAGUCGACACAAGUCUGAUACCACACCCCACUGGGGCUGCAGCCAAAUACGCAGCCAAACAUGAAGACGAACACCCUCUCAAGCUCUAUGGCGGGUGGUUCUGCCCCUUUGUCCAGCGCUCAUGGAUUACUCUUCAUGAAAAGAACAUACCACACCAAUACGUGGAGAUCAACCCCUACCACAAAGCUCCCGAGUUCCUCGCACUCAACCCUCGGGGCUUAGUGCCCACGCUGGCGGUGCCCGUCGGCGGCGAAGGCAAGCAGCACAAGCCCCUGUACGAGAGCGUUGUGCUGUGUGAAUAUCUCGAUGAGGCAUACGUCGAUGAGAAAGACCACGGCCCGAGGUUGCUGCCCGAGGAUGUGUAUGAGCGCGCGAGAUGUCGGCUGUGGAUCGACCACGUCUGCACCAAGAUCGUACCAGGUUUCUAUAAAAUGAUUCAACACACGCCAGACAAGGCCUACACCAUUGAAGACGCCCGAAAGGAAUUUCUGGGCAACAUCAAGACGUGGGUCAAGGAGAUGGAUGCCAGGGGCCCGUGGUUCCUGGGUCCAAGGUUCAGCCUGGUCGACAUCAUGCUUGCACCGUGGGCCAAGCGGCUGUUCCUGAUUGAUCACUACAAGCCUGGAGGUGUUGGGAUUCAGGAGGCAAAGAAAUACGACCCAAAGACCUGGGAAAGAUGGCAAACGUGGUACGAGGCGAUACUCGACAGGCAGAGUCUGAGGGACACCGCGUCGUCGGAUGACAAGUAUAUUGAGGCGUACAAGCGGUAUGCUGAGGAUACCACUGGCUCGCUGGUGGGCCAGGCAACUCGAUCUGGAAACCGUCUACCAUGAGAUGACGGUCAAACUACUUGGUCACCUCGAUAUACAUUCGGAAUCAGAGGCUUUUAAGGGGGGGAUUCUGUUUCUCUAAGAUAUGGGUAUCAUCCCUGCCGAAAACCAAAGUCUACUAAACGAAGACACCAAAAAAGAAAGAGAAAUAUUAUCGAGUGC